AUGGUUUUGCGAGCAGGGCCUGGCAUUAGUCGGCGGCGUCCCGGUGGGAUUCGUUCGUAUCAGGAAACUGAUGGUGUUCAUAAGUGCGAGAGUUAUGUUAACGACAGUACAAAGCAAGGGUUGGCAAAAACUGCCCUCAUCGAUGACAAAUCGGACGAGUUUCGUAGUCGAUUCCAUAGCCGAAACGUACUAUGUUGUAUUGAGCUGUCCAGGAAAAUAACGAAAUAUUACGAAGAGGUGAGGAACAGCGAUGCUGCCGAGCUUACAGAGGUUGUCGCCGAUGCAAUAGCAAAACUUUUGGAAGACAGUGCCGUCCAGACAGUGCUACAGCAAAGCUCGGAUUUUGGUCUCGAAGAAAGUUCCUUGUAUCGGAAUGAAAAGAUUUGGGAAAAUCGGGAAAAGGAAACAGUGGUCGGAGGUUGGGAAAUUUCAAGAAGGCUGCUCAACAGAGAGCCUUUCUGGAUUCACUUGGUAUGUUCUCCAUGGCUCAUCACUGAUGUUGACAAUGAGGCUCACAAUUGA